CAGUCUGUGUGCACAUGGCUGGAAUGCCGACUGCGGUCGCAGCACCGCUGUCCCUGGUGCCCUUAAUAAAGAGCUAAUUUUGUUUCACACGCCUGGAGUCCUCCCAUGUUAUCAUGCCGAGCCUGGUGUAUGCAACACCAGCUAUUCCAGCCCUGAGCUGCCCCCACAGCCUCCCAGCUGUGCCGACACCCCCCGUCCUGCUGCAGAGUGCCCUGAUGCCAUGGGACAGGAGCUGUCUGGAUAAGACAGGCAGAUGUGACUGUAUUUAAUGACUCUGGUGUUUUCUCUUGCUAGACGCCUGUCGGGCCAAGCCCCUGACAACAGCGUGAUGGCGUUGCACCUGUACGGCCCCCGCCUCCAGCUGGAUGAGACCCUGGAGCAGAUGCAGCAGGGGACUCUGAUGCGGAAGGUGAAGUCCAAGAGCUGGAAGAAGCAGAGAUACUUCAGGCUGCAGGACGACUGCAUGACCGUCUGGUACAAGUCCAAGAAGACUGGCUACACCAAGUAUACCUUCUCCAUCAGCGACGUGGAGACGGUGCGGGAGGGGCACCAGUCCGAGGUGCUGCAGAGCCUGGCCGAGGAGUUCCCACCCGAGCACUGCUUCACUGUCGUCUUCCAUGGGCGGCGCGGGAACCUGGACCUGAUCGCCGGCUCCCCCGAGGAGGCACAGUGCUGGGUCCGGGGCCUGCGUCGCCUGGUGGAGAUCGUCACCAAGAUGGACCAGCAGGAGAAGAUGGAUCAGUGGAUCUGCGACUGGUUCCAGAAGGCCGAUAAGAACAAGGACGGACGCAUGAGCUUCAAGGAGGUGCGGCAGCUCCUCAAGAUGAUGAACAUGGACAUGAACGAGGACCAUGCGCUCCGGCUCUUCCAGAUGGCUGAUAGGUCGGAGUCGGGGACGCUGGAGGGCGAGGAGUUCGUGCUGUUCUACAAGGCACUGACGAGGCGAGACGACGUGCUGGACGUCUUCCAGGUGUUCUCCCAGGACGGGAAGAAACUGACCCUGCUGGAGUUUGUGGAUUUCCUGCAGCAGGAGCAGCUGGAGGGGGAAAACACGCAGGAGUUCGCCAUGGAGCUGAUUGCCAGAUACGAGCCGUCUGAGACCGCCAGGGCACGGCACAUGCUGAGUGUCGACGGCUUCCUCCUGUACCUGCUCUCGCCGGAAGGGGCCAUCUUCAACCCCGCUCAUGGGCCGCUUUGUCAGGACAUGACCCAACCCCUCUGCCACUAUUUCAUCUCCUCCUCGCACAACACCUACCUGCUGGAGGACCAGCUCCGGGGCCAGAGCAGCGUCGAGGGCUACAUCAGGGCUCUGAAGCGGGGCUGCCGCUGCCUGGAGGUGGACUGCUGGGACGGACCCAGCGGGGAGCCCGUCGUCUACCACGGCCACACGUUCACCUCCAAGAUCCCCUUCAAGGACGUGGUCACCACCCUGGGGCAGUACGCCUUCCAGGCGUCCGACUGCCCCGUCAUCCUGUCGCUGGAGAAUCACUGCGGCCCGGAGCAGCAGGACCUCCUGGCCCAGCACCUGAAGGGCAUCCUGGGAGAGCGGCUGCUCAUGGCCCCCCUCGACGGCCACGGCCCGACGCAGCUGCCUUCGCCGCAG